CCGAUCAGUUCGCCGAGAGCCACGCGAGUCGGUGGUGUCGCUGUGGAGAAAGCCGGAAAAAGUCUAGAGAAAUGAGUCGAGGAGCCAGGUUGUGUCUGCUGCUGUUCUGCCUGCUUUUGGGCGGCACUCUGAAUCAGGCCAAGGCCCAGGAUCAAACAGUAGCCCAGAUUCAAGGAGUGUCCGCGAAUCAAGCGGCCAAUCCCCUGCUGAAACAAUCCCAGAACACCUUCAUCCAAUGGGUUCUCUCACUUUUGCCGCAACGUCCCGGAAGCUCGGACUCGGAAAAUGCCACCCUGGCCACGUUGAGCAGUAGUUCCCCUCCGAUGCCGGAGGCCUCAUCCACCACCUCAACCACCACACCGGCACCCUCGUCGAGCACAACAACCACCAGAAGGGCCACCACCCCGGCACCACCCACUCUGAAUCCACCGAGGAACUGCAGCGAUUGUGUCUGCGGAAUAGCCAAUAUACAGAAGAGGAUAGUUGGUGGUCAGGAAACCGAGGUGCAUCAGUAUCCCUGGGUGGCCAUGUUGCUCUAUGGCGGAAGGUUCUAUUGUGCCGCCUCCCUGCUAAACGAUCAAUUCCUCCUGACCGCCUCGCAUUGCGUCUAUGGCUUCCGAAAGGAGAGAAUCUCGGUGAGAUUACUCGAACACGAUCGCAAAAUGUCGCACAUGCAGAAAAUCGAUCGCAAGGUGGCCGAGGUGAUCACGCAUCCCAAGUACAAUGCCCGGAACUAUGACAACGAUAUAGCCAUCAUCAAGUUGGAUGAGCCGGUGGAGUUCAACGAGAUUCUCCAUCCCGUUUGCAUGCCAACGCCGGGCAGAAGUUUCAAGGGCGAAAAUGGCAUUGUCACCGGCUGGGGAGCUCUCAAAGUUGGUGGACCCACCUCCGAUACUCUUCAGGAGGUCCAAGUGCCCAUUCUAUCGCAAGAUGAGUGCCGAAAGAGUCGCUAUGGCAACAAGAUCACGGACAACAUGUUGUGUGGAGGAUACGAUGAGGGUGGCAAGGACUCGUGCCAGGGAGACAGUGGCGGUCCUUUGCACAUUGUGGCCAGUGGAACGCGAGAGCAUCAGAUAGCCGGCGUGGUUUCGUGGGGCGAGGGCUGUGCCAAGGCCGGUUAUCCUGGGGUCUAUGCCAGAGUCAAUCGGUAUGGGACCUGGAUCAAGAACCUCACCAAACAGGCUUGCCUCUGCCAGCAGGAGACCAAGAAGAUCAAGUAGCGACCAUCUGGCUAUUUCUGUAUCUUUUAAUAGUUAAAUACUCUUGCUUGGUGGGUUGGCGAAUUAUAGAGAAUGAGGGCAAAUUUUAUAUCUCCCCUACAAUGUGAUACUUCUCAAGGUCUUGGUAUUUUGAAUAUAUUUAUUACAAAAACGUU